AUGAACGACCUGAUUUUAAAUGGUGGAAAUAUUGAUGAAGAGGUUUUUUGUAACGAUCCUGAUAAGGAUUUUGAAAUUUUGGAUGAUUUCAGUAUUGGAGACAACUCUGAAAGUCUCGAACAACCAACCACGUCGUCUUUAUCAUCUGUACAUAGUUUAAAUAAUGUAGAUAAUAAAAUACAGAAUAAUUUAUGUAAUCUUCAUUUUGACAAAACGGCUGUAGAGGUAGCCAAAGCGUAUGCUAAUUCAGCAUCUCAAAUAAUACAAGAACAAUAUGAGGAAGUUGAUGUAAAUUGGUUAUCUCCAGAACUCAAUGCAACAAUUGAUAGCGACUCUUUAUGGGAAGGGGUUGAUCAUCAAGAAAGCGAAUUUGACAUUGAGCUUAAUUCUGUAAAGGUUAAAUAUGUUAAUAGUACAUGUGUUAUAAUUGAUAAUUCAAAUGGAAAAUUGCAACAAUGUUCGGAACCCGUAUCUAAACCAUUAAGGCAACUUGGAGGAGUCUGGGAGUUAGACUUUGAAACCGUAAACCAAAUUGUAAUGGUGUCAAAAAAAGAUAACUUAAGUUCAUUAGGGAUUUGUGCUAGUCAUUUUAAUUAUGACAAUAAACAAUUGCAUACUUUUCAAAAGAGUGAAGUUAGUAUUGAAAAAUCAUUAGUUCAUCGAAAAAAAUGUUUAUUUUGUGGAUCUGACAAGUAUAUUUUCAGUCGUGGGGGUUAUUGUAGGGAGCACUCUUGGAAACUAUUUGACCGAAAUAUACAAAUAAUGUGUAAUGGGUUAACUGUUUGCCCUGUAUUUCAAAAGAAUGAUUUUGCUGAAC